AAAUAGUUCAACAACAAAAAUAUUUAAUUCUUUCACAAUUUUGUCAAUAAGUGCAAUAAAAUGCGAAAGAAUCAAUUUAAAGGAUUCAAAUCACCAUUAAUCGACAAUCCAGCUAUUGACUUAUUGGAAUCGCCGAAGCCACUUAAGAAAGUAAAGCAGGAAGACAGUUCAUGUAAAAUUGGAGCAUUUGUGUCACCGUUAAUUGAUAAAUCACUCUCAAACUGCGAAUCACCAAAAAUAGUAAGGAAGGCAAUUUUGGACAUAGAAUUGAGCACAACACCGAAAUCUCGUGCCUUUGUAUCUCCAUUAGUUGACAAAACUUUAGGCAAGAGAUCGGUUAGAAAGACAAAAGCAAAUGCUGAAAAUAUAGUUCCAAGACCAUUAAAAUUCUCAAUCCUGGAUCAUGAAGCUGUUAUUGCUGAGCUACUUAGUAAGGCAUUUAAAGUUCCAAUUGCUGAUUAUAUACCUGAAUAUUCGAAUAAGACACUGGGAAUACGGAAAAUAUUGGUCCGAAGACCACUUCACGAUCCAACACUUUGUAAUGCUUUAGUGCUAUAUACACCAAUAUUCAAGGACACAGACAAUUAUGACGACACAAAUAAACCAGUUCAUGUUGUGGUUGAUCCAAUUUUAUGCAAUGUACUUCGUCCACAUCAGCGUGAAGGAGUUAAAUUCAUGUAUGACUGUGUAAUCGGAGCAAAAGGAGACUGGAAUGGAUGUAUUAUGGCUGAUGAGAUGGGUUUAGGAAAGACUUUACAGUGCAUUACACUUGUAUGGACAUUAUUAAGACAAAGUCCAGAUUGUAAGCCUGAAAUAAUUAAAGCAAUUAUCGUCUGUCCUUCAUCACUAGUCAAAAAUUGGUACAAUGAGUUUGGAAAGUGGCUUGGAAGUCGAGUAACUUGUCUAGCAAUUGCAAACGAGUCAAAGGAUAAAACUAUUGAGCUAUUAAAUACUUAUAUGGCAAAUCAGAGUGCUCGUUGUGGUGCUCCAGUGUUAAUUAUAAGCUAUGAGACAUUCCGACUUUAUGCUGAGAUAUUAACAGCAUCUGAAAUUGGAUUAGUGCUGUGUGACGAAGGUCAUCGCCUUAAAAAUAACGAAAAUUUGACAUAUCAAGCUUUAAUGGGAUUAAAAACGAAAAGACGAGUUUUGUUGUCAGGAACACCAAUUCAAAAUGAUUUACUUGAGUAUUAUAGCUUGGUGAACUUUGUGAAUCCAGGAAUUUUGGGAAACAACAGCGAAUUUAAGCGACAUUAUGAGAAUCCAAUUUUAAAAGGACAGGAUGCUUGCAGUUCUGAUAAGGAACGUGAAAAAGCAAAUGAACGGCUUCAGGAGUUAUCGGCCUUAGUCAAUCAAUUCCUGAUCCGUCGUACUAGCUCAUUGCUGACAAAAUACCUGCCUGUAAAGUUCGAGAUGGUCGUUUGUGUCAAAAUGACUCAGUGUCAAGUAGAUAUUUACAAGAAUUUCCUUAAGUCCGAUUUAAUUCGUAAAUCAUUAUCAAGUACUAAUGGCGAGAAAGGAAGUGCUCGAGCACUUUCAAAUAUCACAUCACUUAAAAAACUUUGCAGUCAUCCAGAACUAGUCAUUGAGAAGAUUAAUGAAGGUGCAGAUGGAUUUGAAAAUGCUCAGCAAUAUUUACCACCAAAUUAUAGUUCUCGUGACUUAAUGCCUCAAUACGGUGGUAAAGUGCUAUUGCUGGAUGUUAUGCUAGCAGCAAUUAAGGCUAAUAGUGAUGAUAAGAUAGUUUUAGUCUCAAACUAUACACAGACAUUGGAUCUUUUUGAGAAGCUUUGUCGAAAGCGUGGCUAUCAAUAUUGUCGACUUGAUGGCUCAAUGACGAUCAAAAAGCGUGGAAAAAUGGUUGAGGAUUUCAAUAAACCAGAUUCGAGUCUCUUUAUAUUCAUGCUUAGUUCUAAAGCUGGUGGAUGUGGUCUUAAUUUAAUCGGUGCUAAUCGUUUAAUUAUGUUUGAUCCAGAUUGGAACCCUGCAAAUGAUGAGCAAGCUAUGGCUCGUGUAUGGCGAGAUGGACAAAAGAAGCCAUGCUUUAUUUAUAGAUUUGUAGCUACAGGAACAAUUGAAGAGAAGAUUUUCCAGAGACAAACUCAUAAGAAGGCAUUAAGUAAUACAGUCGUUGAUAAUGACGAAGGAGAGAGACAUUUUAGUAUGAAUGAGUUAAAGGAACUAUUCAAGUUGGAAGAGAACACUAAAUCAGACACGCACGACAUAUUCAAAUGCAAACGAUGUGUGAAUGAUGUUCAAGUAAAACUUCCACCCGAAGGCAGUGACUGCACAAGUGAUCUAAGUCAAUGGUAUCAUUGUUCAAAUAACAAGCAAAUUCCAGACGAAAUUAUAUCUCGAGCAUGGGACAUUACACAGACAGUUUCAUUCAUAUUCCAUCAUCGAUCGCAGGUUGUUGCACAAGAAGUUCCAGACGAGAAAAAGCCCAAAGAAAAGAAAAAGAAAAUUAUUUAUGAGGAUGAUGAUUUCGUUGACUUGGAUGAAGAGUGUGAUGACAGCGAUGACGAGGACUAUAAAUGAUUUAAGUCUAGUGAGUUUAUUAAGCAAAUCAAGAAUAAAAUUGAUGCUGUGCUUUUGAUAUUUUAAAAUUAUAGUUUUG